GAAGAGGUAGCGGCAAUCGCUUCCCAUGGGCAAUGCAGUCCUUCUACCCGCCGCGCAGAGGCGGCCCUGAGAAGGGCGCGCCGGAGGAGGUGUGGAGGGCCGUGAGCCAGAUUCCUCGUGGGUGUGUGACCAGCUACGGCCAGAUCUCCUCGCUGCUCGGGGCGCCCUGGACCCCCCGCUUGGUGGGCCAGGCGCUGAAGAAGAACCCCUUCGCGCCAGAAGUCCCCUGCCAUAGGGUGGUGAGAGCGGACCGCACCUUGGGCGGCUACUUUGGCGCCACGGCCUUCGAGGACGAGAAGGUCCAAACGAAGGUCCGGCUGCUUGAAGAGGAGGGCGUUCUCCUGGAGCGGAAAGGCGAGGCCUGGCUGGUGCGCGCCGGGUGCUUCUGGUCCUUCCCCAGCGCGGCUUCCGCGCAGGCGGCGGGGCGAGCUUCCGCGCAGGCGGGCGAAGGUGUGAGCUUGUAUCCGGCCAAGCGGAAAGCUGAAGGCG